CUUAACUUGCGUAGAACGAAAUAUCUUGAUAAUCAUCUCAUCUUAAAAAUGAAUUUCAACAUGAAGUUAGCCACACUUCUGUUGUGUUUCAUGACCGUGGUGAGGGGGGAGAGAGGAGGGAGGGGAGAGAAGGAGACGCCAGUUACUCUGUGUGGAAGACAGCUGGCUAAUGCCAGACUAUUGGUUUGUUUCGGAGAAUUUGUGGAGAAACGAACAUCGCCCGAAUCUAUAUUUGCUGCAUUGGCCGAUGGUGACAAAUGGCUCGAUAGCUACAUGUGGAGCGGCCGGCGAGGAGCGCUCAGCGCUGAUUGGUCUCGUUACAAGCGUGACGGACUUGCUGACGAAUGCUGCUUGAAGCCUUGCACCACUGACGUCAUACUGAACUAUUGCUAAACGUGCUACAA